GAGUCUGGAGGCAAAAAAAGAGGCACACGAAGCCGUGAAGUCGAACUGCAGUGCGGUUUAAAGUCAACUCUGGUGCCGCUGCCUGUCUGUCUCUCUAUCUCUGUGGGUGUUUACCUGUCUCUCGGUCUCUCUCUCGGUACCGUUUCGGGUCGAGACGCCAUUUCUGCUUCAGAGGAGAGUCAGUUGUCUGUGAACGACAACAAAAACACCGGCGGGACCAUGUUGACUAUGCUAACUUCCAUGUAUCUGGUGGUGAGGGCGGUUUCUCCGCAGCCCGAACCAAUCCGUGUUGUGGUGACCGGCGCUGCUGGCCAGAUUGCCUACUCCCUGCUGUACAGCAUCGCCAAGGGAGAUGUGUUCGGGAAGGACCAGCCAAUCAUCUUGGUCCUGCUGGACAUCCCCCCCAUGCUGCCCGUGCUGGACGGAGUCGUCAUGGAGCUGCAGGACUGCGCCCUCCCACUGCUGAGGGAGGUGAUCCCCACUGACAAGGUGGAGGUUGGCUUCAAGGACCUGGACGCGGCCAUCUUGGUGGGCUCCAUGCCCAGGAAGGAGGGGAUGGAGAGGAAGGACCUGCUGAAGGCCAACGUGGCCAUCUUCAAGACCCAGGGAGCCGCCCUGGACAAGUACGCCAAGAAGACCGUCAAGGUUCUGGUGGUUGGAAACCCAGCAAAUACCAACUGUCUGAUCGCCUCCAAGUCUGCUCCAUCCAUCCCCAAAGAGAACUUCUCCUGCCUGACCCGACUGGACCACAACAGGGCCAGCUCCCAGGUGGCGAUGCGUUGCGGCGUGUCCUCCGACAAAGUGAAGAACGUCAUCAUCUGGGGGAACCACUCCUCCACCCAGUACCCCGACGUCCACCACGCCAAGGUCAACGUCCACGGCAGCGAGACGCCCGCCUACGACGCCGUGAAGGACGAAACCUGGCUCAGAGGAGACUUCAUCUCUACGGUGCAGCAGCGCGGCGCGGCCGUCAUCAAAGCCAGGAAGCUGUCCAGCGCCAUGUCUGCCGCCAAGGCCAUCUGCGACCACAUGAGGGACAUCUGGUUCGGCACCAAGGAGGGUGAGUUCAUCUCCAUGGGCGUGUACGCCGCCGGAAACUCCUACGGCAUCCCAGAGGACCUCAUCUACUCCUUCCCCGUCGAGAUCAAGAACAAGACCUGGAAAAUGGUCGACGGACUCCCCAUCAACGACUUCUCCCGCGCCAAGAUGGACGCCACAGCGGCCGAGCUGGUGGAGGAGCGGGACACCGCGAUGGACUUCCUGUCCCAGUGACUGUCGAACCUCGCUGGCCAACAGCAGCGGCACGUAGACCCCGUGAAGGCUCGCUGCUCGCGGCUCUGAAAAAGAGCCCGCCACUUUAUUAACCGUCCCAGCUGGCGUGUGUGUCUCAGUGUGUGUGUGUCAGUGUGUGUGUGUGCGCGCGUGUGUUACUAGGCCUCUUCUUCAGGUUUUUAGAAAACCUGAUUGACGACCACAACCUGGCCUCCUCCGUCUGUAGGACACUGAGAGAACGUCUGUGUCGUUAGCUGAUAGCACGCUAGCUGUCCAGAAACUGUUUUGGGAACAUGUUAUCACCAAUAAAACAUCAUCGAAACUGACCAACCA